AUGAAUGAGGCUCGGGAUCGAGCUUUUUGCCUUGUCACCUACACGGCAACCGUAUUCACUCUGAUUGCCAUUUUGGUUCUGUCCGUAACCAUACCGAUGACAAACAACUAUGCAAACUUUAUAAGAAAUACGGUAGAACGCGACUUGGAUGAUUGCCAGAAAUCUCUCGAUGAAAUUCGCCAUCUUGUUGCUCCCGACCGUAAAAACGACGGACGUAUGCACAUUGUGGAUGGCGACGCGGCACUCCUACAUAACGCCACAAAUGGAGUGAGAGAGAAAAGGCAGGCGGGAGUAUGUGCAGGAUGUUGUCUGCCGGGAGAAGCUGGCGCUCCCGGAAAACCUGGCAAUAAUGGAAGACCUGGAAGACCUGGAGCUGAGGGAGCGCCAGGAUUCCCUGGACGUCCACCAAGGGUCUGCGAACAAAUUGCUCCACCACCUUGUAACCCUUGUCCGGCAGGACCACCAGGACCACCUGGAGUUCCAGGAGAGCAAGGGCCACCUGGCAAUGGUGGACCUCCUGGCCCUGCCGGUCAAAAAGGACCUCCCGGACCUAAAGGAAACGAUGGAGUGCCAGGAGAAGCUGGUGCUGGCGGAGAACCUGGAACCCCUGGGCAACCAGGAACUCCAGCACCGAAUCGUCCCGCCAUACCAGGACCUCCAGGACAGAAAGGACCGGCGGGACCACCCGGAGAACCGGGAACUCCUGGAUCGCCAGGAACAAGUGGGCCUCCAGGGCAGCCAGGACCACGUGGUCUUCCAGGAGGCGAUGGACAGAAGGGCCCAGAUGGACAACCCGGGCAGCCAGGCCAACCAGGACAGCCAGGAAGCGCAGGAGAAAGAGGUAUCUGUCCAAAAUAUUGUGCUCGAGAUGGUGGAGUGUUUUUCGAAGACGGAACGAGGCGAUAA